UUUUCAUAUUCGACUCAGUUACAGACCGGCUAACAAAAUGAAGUAUUUGAUUGUGUUCGUUUGUGCUUUGGUAGCUGUACAAGGGAGGCAACUACCUGAAUAUCUGAGGGAGUUUGCGUGUACAAGAUACGAUCCGGAAUUCGAAAAAUGCGUCUUCAGAGGUUUCGAAAGCGCCCGCCCCUAUUUCAUGAAGGGCAUCCCGGAAUUGGGACUGCCCCCAAUGGACCCCUUCGAAUUACCAGUGAUGACUGUCGACAGAACCAUCAACGACUUGGUCAGCAUCAAGGCCGUCCUCAGGAACGUCAAGAUGACGGGUGCCAGAAACACAGUCAUCGAUUAUUUGAAAGCUGAUGCCAUCAACGGUACCGGAGAAAUUAGGUUGAGCAUUCCCUAUUGCGAUUUGGAAAUGGAAUACGACGUGUCCGGUCAACUCCUUUCCAUUCCACUUCACAGCAAAGGAUACUUCCAGGGCAACUUCACUGAUACCCAAUUGUACGUAAAAGGAUCCGUAAGGAGAUACCAAAAGGACGGUAAAGGUGAAGAGUAUUUCAGAGUUGGAAAGCUGAACACCAAAAUCACUGUGGGCGAUGGUCAUAUCAAACUUGUCGCCAAGAAUCCGGAACUUCAAUUUGGAGCCGAUCUUAUCGCCAACUUCUAUAAUGAAAAUCCCAGACGUGUGAUGGACGCUGUUAAUCCAAUUUUCGUUGAGUCCUCCAACGAGUUGUUCAGAGUUGUCAUGGAUCAGAUCCUUGCCACACUCCCAGCCAGUGAAUGGGUGCCAGAAAAAUAAAAUGUUUUAGUUUUAUUUGAUUUUAUAAUUUGGCUAUCGAAUUUUAUUCGGUAGUAUUUUUAAAUGUGCUUUAUUUUAUGAAAUUAUUUUUGUAGUCUGAUUGUUGUAAUAUAUAAUUAAAUUGU